GUUGUGAUCCGUACGCAUACAGAGCGUACACCUAUCAUUGUCAACUGCCAGCUAGGAAAGCGUCGCUCCACCAUCACUGCUAACUGGGUUCAAAGCCACUCCAAGACACCUCGAACACCGCAGACUGGAUUCGAGAAAUUCAAGUUUUCUACGUCAAUGAGCUCAAUCUCUGAUCGAACGAGAGAACUGGCGACACAGCAACGCACCUCUUACCAAGUUAUCAACAGAGGCCUGGACGUCAAAAAGGCGGUAGAUGAUGCAAUCACACUAUGUGCUCAGACAUUUGAUUUACAUAAAGCCAUCGAAGAGGCGAAAUUAGCUGCCGACGAAGCUGUUGACGAGCGCCAGAAGAGAAGAGAAGCACAGAAGGGCCUCCAGCAUCUCCAGCAGUACUUUGAAUUGAUAGUCUUCCAAGCUUAUCUUCAUUCUACGCCUGCGGAUACGUGGAGGGACAUAGAGACAUUUGAGAACUUUGUGAACGACCGCCCGGCAGAUGGUGCAAAUGCAUUGAAGCCCUUGGAACGAGUUGACGUCUCGGACGGUGUUGCCAUGCCGGAUGAAGUGGUUAGGGUUGUGGCGAACAGAUCCGGAGUAGUACUCUCAGCAUCCACCAUCCUCAAGUCGGAUUUCUUUAGUAAUCUCCAGAAAAUGUCACUCCCAGA